CGCUGAUAUUGCUGGUUGAUGUGAGGUGUGAGGGCUCUUGCUUUCUCAUUUUUUAAUCGUAAAGGUACCACUACCAGGUAGCUAUUAGUGUAUCCAUCCACAAAACCCAUCACCACGAUGAGCGAUCCUACUACAUCAUGUACUACUACCAAUAAUAGCCGCAGGGUAUCGACCAUGAAGAAGCGAUACGCCAACUUGGCUCCUGGUCUGGCAGCCAAAGCGGGUGUCGUCGAAGAACCCCGCCGAUCCGUCAUCUUGGAGAUGGAGCGCAUCCCUUCUUUUCGUCGGCUCAAUGGCGAUUCGUUAUUUGAAGAACCCCUGGAAUCCUCUACGGCUGGUCCAUCAUCCGGAGCCGCACCGGAAGACAAUGGAUUCAUUGUUCGACGGUCGGGCGUCAAGGGACCACGAAGGACGACUGUCACCAACCGACGAACGGGUCAUCACGAACGACGACAUCAACGCAGUUCCAAGCGAGACAAUAAUAACCGCCGCAAGCGCGGUUCUAUUCAGAUUCCAGAAACCAAGGUGAUGGUGCAACGGGUCAGUCCUCAAGAGGAUGCCUUGUUCAUGGACGAAUCCUGCAAAACGUUAAACACGGAAACCACCGCCUCCACGACGUCGACACACAGCUCUCUGGAGGACUCGCUCAUUUUUGCGACGUCCUCCAGUGAGUUGGAGUUUGAUGACAACGACGACGACUUUUUCCGUGUCAUGGACGAGUUUGUCGAAGAUCGAGAUCGAAAUCACAAAUCUUGCGGUGAGAUGCACCUUAUGAUGAUGGACCAAAGCAGUAGCAGUCUAGAGGGACCCUUGUCGGCGUCAUGCUCGAGCUUGAAGUACCGCAAUCUUGGUCAACGGGUCCAAGCGGCACAUGCCAUUGUGGCCGACGAAGUCCACUUUGUCCCUCCCAACACAAAUCCAUCCGAUCUGAUGCCUUUGGUAGAGACCAAUAACCGACACAGCAACAACAGCAGCACUGCCAAAGAGAAUUCCACCAGAUCUCGUCGAUCUACUCGACCGGGACGUCGUGGUCGCCGAUCUCGUUCCUUGACCACCGAGGAUGAUUUCCGAGGUCCACGAAAGCCAAUGCCUUUGAACAAGAAGUCUUCGUCCGAUCCCACCGUGCAAAAGGACAGUACCACCAGUCAUCACUCUCGUCGAUCCGGACGUCGCAGCAGCCUCGGAGGAUCAUCCCCACAACUCGUCAUGGACGAUGAGACCUUGUCGGAUGCCCUGCAACUCCUCGAGGUGGUACAAAAGAGCGAUGACUACGGGUUGAAGAAAAAUAAGCAACAGAUGACAACAAAGGAUGACAAGUUGUCCUCGUUGCCACCCCAGUGGAGUCUACCCAAGCUCUUGUCGCGUGGUCAUCGACGCACCCUACAGUUGAAACGACAGCAACAGCAAGAAGAAAUGUGUCAACAAUUCUUUGGUGAACAAUAAUAAACAAACAAGGGAAAAGCCAAAGAAUUGAUGAAACUGAACCUAUACUAGUAGCUAGACCUGCAAAGAAUAAGUUAGAAAGGUGAUCGAAUUUUUG